GUCUUCCCAUUGUUUUGUAAAGCAAACAGACAUUUUAUCAGGCACCGUAUGAAUUUUGUGGUGUGAUUUUUUUCAACUGUGUAUGUAUAAAAAGAAUUAAUGUUCUGAUUGUUUCUAUUUUAUCAUUAUCAUUAAACAAUCACAAUACAAAUGACUGCUCUCUCUAGUUUCCUCAAAGCCUCCAAGAAGCCUGAAGUUUAUCCCAUUAUUGGUAUUCUAAGCAUUGCUCUCUCUGGUGCUGCUUUCUUUGGUAUCCAUGCUAUCAGAGCUCCUGAUGUUGUCUGGAACCACCAAAAGAAUCCUCAUCCAUGGCAAGAAAUCAAAGAUGGUGAACAAGUCAAGCUGAUCACUUUAAAUCAAAAAUACAACAACCGUUGGGAACGCUCAAAGUGGUAAACUUCUCAUGGCCAUAAUCUCGUAUAAAAAACAACAAUAUUUCAUAUUCCAAACACCCACUUUACUUGUAUAAUUAUAAUCUAUCUUAUGUAUUUUUACUAGAAAUAAAGCAGUUUCUGCCUAUUUUGUACCAAUUUC